AUGGAUAGGCCACCUGGCAAGCGGGAUGGCGAGUCUUCAGGAAAAGCCGCAGAUGCUGAUGCAACCUAUCCGCCGGUCGCUGGACACGAGGUUCUGAAAUCGCGCCGCGAUCGCAAUGAAGAAACCAAUAACGGCGCUCUCUCGCUGUCGAAAUCACCUCAUCACGAAUCAACUCUUGCCGGCCUGAAAUUAGAUGAGGCGCAGAUCAUCAAGGCUCAGCUUGACUCGCCCAAUGUCGGCGUAAAGUAUUUAAUGCUUUAUCGUUAUGCAGACGUUUGGGAUUUCCUCAUUAUCACCAUCAGUGCUGUUUGCGCUAUUGCUGCUGGUGCUAUACUUCCUCUAUUAUCUAUUCUGUUUGGGCAAUUAACAUCAGCAUUUCAGAGGAUAUCUCUUAAUGAUAUAGCAUAUCAUGAUUUUGAGGCGCAAUUAAAUAAGAAUGUUCUGUACUUUGUCUACAUCGGCAUUGCCGAAUUCGCAACAGUCUACGUCUCGACUGUAGGUUUUAUAUACACCGGAGAGCAUAUCACUCAAAAGAUUCGGCAAGAAUAUCUCAAAGCUAUUCUUCGUCAGAAUAUUGCCUAUUUCGAUAAUCUUGGAGCUGGUGAAAUUACCACACGCAUAACCGCCGACACCAAUCUCAUUCAAGAUGGCAUAUCUCAAAAGAUUGGCCUUACUCUCACAGCAAUUGCCACUUUUAUUGCUGCAUUCAUCAUUGCCUACGUUAAAUAUUGGAAACUGGCCCUCAUCUGUACAUCAACAAUUGUAUGCUUGCUACUGAUCAUGAGUGGAGGUUCUCACUUCAUUAUUCAUUUCAGUAAGCUGUCGUUUCAAAGCCUUGCCAACGGCAGCACUGUUGCCGAAGAAGUCAUAAGCUCUAUCCGAACGGCCAUCGCGUUUGGAACCCACGAUAGGCUCGCUCGGCAAUAUGAUUCGCAUUUAAUAGCAGCUGAAAGAUCCGGUAUCAAGAUGCAGAUCAUCCAAGCGAUCAUGAUCGGCUCUCUUUAUGCUAUCAUGUUCUGGAACUAUGGUCUUGGAUUUUGGCAGGGAUCACGCUUUCUAGUCACUGGGGAGGCCGACGUUGGUCAGAUCUUGACCAUCCUGAUGGCUAUUCUCACCGGUUCGUACUCGCUAGGAAACGUCGCCCCGAAUAGCCAAGCUUUCAAUAGCGCUGUGGCUGCCGCUGCCAAAAUAUACAGCACUAUUGAUCGCCAAUCGCCUCUUGAUCCGACGGCUGAAGAUGGAGAAACGCUCCAACAUGUUGAGGGUACCGUUGAACUGCGAAACGUAAAACACAGAUAUCCUUCUCGACCUGAUAUCUUAGUGAUGGAUGACAUUAGUAUACUCAUUCCAGCUGGUCGUACAACUGCACUUGUGGGACCUUCUGGCUCUGGGAAGAGCACGAUUAUCGGGCUCGUUGAACGAUUUUACAAUCCCGUAGGCGGCGAGAUCCUCCUGGAUGGGCAUAAUAUACAGUCCUUAAACCUUCGGUGGCUUCGUAACCAGAUCUCGCUCGUUGGGCAAGAGCCUGUCCUUUUUUCGGCUACGAUUUUUGAAAAUAUAAAGUUUGGUCUAACCGGUACUCCAUUUGAGAAUGAGCCUGAAGAAGUGACACAAAAUCGGAUUGAAGAAGCGGCGAAGAUGGCCAGCGCACAUACAUUUAUCACUUCUCUGCCGGAUGGGUAUGGCACGAUUGUUGGGGAACGAGGUUUUUUGCUGUCAGGUGGCCAAAAACAGCGAAUUGCUAUUGCUCGUGCAAUCGUUGGUGACCCGAAGAUUCUGUUACUGGAUGAAGCUACCUCGGCGCUAGACACCAAAUCUGAAGAAAUCGUACAAGCUGCUCUUGACAAAGCUGCCGAGGGGCGCACUAUUAUUACAAUUGCACAUCGACUAUCCACCAUUAAAACGGCCGAUAAUAUUGUCGUCGUAGUUGAUGGUAAGGUUGCGGAACAAGGGACUCAUGAAGAAUUACUCCGCGCAAAAGGCGAAUAUUUCAAGCUCGUGGAAGCCCAGAAAUCUGACAAUAUUUCCAGGAUCCCAACAUCUCAAAGCGGAACUGAGAAGAUGACCAAGGCUGAAAAUGAUCUAUUACCAUGGAGUUUGAUCAAGUUCACCGCGUCUUUUAAUCGGCGUGAGCUCCUAUUGAUGAUCAUUGGCCUUGCUUUUGCAAUCUUGGCUGGCUGUGGCCAGCCCUCUCAGGCAGUCAUCUAUUCCAAAGCGAUCAAUACACUAGCUCUACCACCUCCCCUUUACGAGAAGCUCAGACACGAUGCCAAUUUUUGGUCUCUCAUGUUAUUUAUUUUGGGUAUUGCCCAAUUUGUCCUCUUUUCUAUACAAGGCGUCUGUUUUGGAGUCAGUUCAGAAAGGUUACUUCGCCGCGCUAGGAGCAAAACGUUCAGGGUUAUACUACGACAAGACACUGCUUUUUUUGACGAACAUACUACUGGUGCUCUGACAUCCUUUCUCUCCACCGAGACCAAAUACCUGUCAGGUAUCAGUGGAGUAGUACUAGGCACUAUUCUAAUGGUGUCGACGACGCUGACGGCUUCAAUGGUUGUCGCCCUAGCCAUUGGAUGGAAACUGGCUUUAGUAUGUAUCUCCAUCGUGCCUGUACUCUUGUUCUGUGGCUUUUACAGGGUCUCGAUACUUGCUCGAUUCCAAGCCCAGUCCAAGAAGGCCUACGAAAGGUCCGCCAGCUACGCUUGUGAGGCAACCUCGGCUAUCCGCACAGUGGCUUCGCUCUCUCGUGAAGUCGAUGUUUUCGCCACCUACAAAGCCCAGCUAGAUGAGCAAGCACGAGCUCAUUUCUUCUCCGUGCUGAAGUCCUCGAUUUUUUAUGCAUUAUCACAAGCACUUACCUUUUUUUGCAUGGCCUUGGGAUUCUGGUAUGGUGGCACACUGCUCGGCAAGCACGAGUAUACCAUUUUCCAAUUUUUCGUCUGCUUCAGCGAAGUCAUAUAUGGUGCUCAAGCCGCAGGCUCAGUCUUCUCCAACGCUCCAGAUAUCGGAAAAGCCAAGAGUGCAGCUGCUGAGCUGAAAAAUCUCUUCAGCCGCAAACCCUCGAUUGACGUAUGGUCAAAGGAAGGGAAUGACAUCAAUAACGUUGCAGGAUCUAUCGAAUUCCGCAACGUGCACUUCAGAUAUCCUACACGUCCCACACAGUCCGUGCUUUCUGGUCUUAGCUUCACGGUCAAACCUGGACAGUUCGUAGCUUUGGUCGGCGCCAGUGGAUGUGGGAAGAGUACAACGAUUGCGCUGCUUGAGCGCUUCUACGAUGCACUUUCGGGUUGUAUAUAUGUCGACGGCAAGGAUAUUUCACAGCUAAAUGUCAAUUCUUAUCGAAGUCAUCUUGCUCUCGUGAGUCAAGAGCCAACGCUUUAUCAAGGAACCAUUCGCAGCAAUAUUCUCCUCGGCAGCAACGAUUUGAGCGUGACGGAGGAGCAGGUGAUUAAGGUUUGUAAAAUGGCCAACAUAUAUGACUUCAUUCUUUCGCUCCCUGAGGGCUUGGACACACUGGUUGGUAACAAGGGCGGCAUGUUAUCCGGUGGACAGAAACAGCGUGUUGCCAUUGCCCGGGCGCUUCUUCGAGAUCCAAAAGUCCUUUUACUUGAUGAAGCAACCUCGGCUCUUGACUCGGAAUCAGAGCGAGUGGUCCAAGCAGCUUUAGAUGCUGCGAUGCGAGGCCGCACAACCAUCGCAGUGGCUCAUCGUCUCAGUACGAUUCAAAAGGCCGACGUCAUUUACGUAUUCGAUCAAGGCCGUGUUGUAGAAAGUGGAACUCAUCAUCAGCUAAUGAAACAGAAGGGUCGUUACCAUGAGCUGGUGUAUCUGCAAAGCAUCGAAGACUCGACAUAG